AUGUUCCAAUGUCUAAAGUGCGAAAGGACCUUCACGGCGAGAAAAAAUUUGUUGAAGCACGGUAGAGAGCGGUGCAGCCAAGAUGGUGAGCCAGCAUCGAAGCGCAUCUGUCUUCGAGAUGGAAUAGCAUCCUUUAACCAGGAAGGUGGUACCUCCAGCAUUCCCCAAUCCCCAAGUCUAGAGGACAGUAAUGCAUCCUCUUCGCGCCGCACUGCAGACAAGUUGCAAUGUUUUCGAUGUCAGCAUACCUUCUCAGCACGCCAUAAUUUACUGCGACAUCUUAGAGAGGUCUGCAUAAGCGAGAAAAGACCUUCCAAGCAACAACGUAUGGAGGGUGAGAUUACUAACAAUGAGCCAACUAUUGCAGAUUUCAUCACCCAGACAGCCGCAGGUGUCAACAUUAGACGAGUGAACCCUGCAACACCCCCCGUCGCAGUGCCUGGAACCAGUCGAAUGAGUCCUACACCAUCCGACGUCGUAGUGCCGGGCGCAAGUCGAGAGAGUUCAACCACCGGCAACGAUUCACAAGCGAGUGCGGGUAGCAGGACAAUUCGCUGUGAGAGUUGCAGCUGUGAGGUAUCGAGGAAUGCACAUGCGGCACAUCUGAAAAGCAUUAAACAUAAGGCACAUCUAUGGAGAGCUUUACAAAAUAAUGUGUCAGUAUGUCGAAGUGCAUUCCGAGGUAGUAAAAUCGAACAAAAAUCGAAAGACUUUGCAGAAAAAGACUCAGGGUGGGUGUUGGAAAACAUUUUAUAUUUAGAAAUUAAUAUUAAUAAAUAUAAUCCGUUGAGGACAGCAGCAUAUUUGCCGCUUCCUAAGGAAAUCACGAACAAAAAAGCUGUACUCAACAUACGUAACACGGAUGAGUACUGCUUUGCAUGGUCGAUUGUAGCUGGUAUGAUAAAACCAAAGGGUCGAGCGUCACUAACAACGUCAUAUCCACAUUUUUCGAACAUUCCUGGUUUAAACUUUGCAGGAAUGGACUUUCCAGUUGCUCUCAAGUCAAUAUCAGAAUUUGAAAGAUUGAAUAAUAUGUCAAUUAACGUUUAUGGAAUAGAAAAGGAAUUCAUUGAUGGAAAGUCUAAAUAUCAGGUGGUAGGACCGUUACAUUACACGGCGCAAAAACAACCCACUCAUCUGAACUUAUUACUUAUUGAUGAUUCAGAAGUUAAGCUGCCCCAACUGGAAACCAGAGUUGAUCGCCUUGGAAACACGGUAAUGGAUAAUGUGCUGAAAUUUGAACAGCAUCACAAACAAUUAAGACUACCGUUUUGCGUUUAUGCGGACUUUGAAUGCAUCCUAGCUCCGAUAAACAAUCACUCAAGUGCUUCAGAGGAUAUGCGAUUUGUCGAUUCAUAUCAGUUUCUAUCGUCAAAAUUAGAAACCUUGGCAUCCUUUUUAAGCGCAGAACAAUGUCGGACGGUACGAAAAGUCUUUCCUGAGGACGAAAAGUUCUCCUACAUGAGAUGCAAAGGUUUGAUAAAUACGAUGAAACAUGUUUACCAUCCCAACAAGACUUUUAGGAUCAAAUACGUGAUGAACACAUUUCUGACGAGGAUUAUGAGCGAGCACGUCAUGUCUGGGAAAGAUUUGUGCUUAAAAACGUACAAGCUUGAUCCAGCUCACUAUUUUACGGCCCCCGGUUUGAGUUGGGAUGCGAUGCUACGAUACAGCAAAGUAGAGUUACAGCUGCUUACAGAUGUUGAUAUGAGUCAGUACAUGUACCUCACGUAA